CGCACCUCGAAGCUCAUGUGCAGCAGGGUGGGACUCUGGUUCCCAUGGUGCAUGUUGAUGACAGAACAGAUGGUGAGGGUUGCCUGUUUUGUCGAAGUCAGAGUCGUUUGAGUCCAGCUGACCUGCGCCAGGCAGCUGCUCGUCACGGUGCACCGCUGCAGCGCUUGGACUGCUGAAGUGUCAGUGUGUCUCCAGCAGCACCGGGGAAAGGUUUCUUUUUUUCCUCCACCGAUGUGAUUCAUUCUCGUUCUUACGGCUGAUUAUUUUUAUUCUGAAAUAAAGGCUACUCUUCUCCCAUCGCGCAUUAUCCUGGAGAUGCGGAUACCGCAUGGGUCAAACACAGUAGCCUGCAGCAGCUUCGCGCAGAGAGGAUACGGAGCUCUAAAGGCUUAACAAGUGACGUUUGGACCAGAUGAUCCGCUGCCCUGACUUUAGCAAAUAACUUUCUCCUGGAUAAGAGAUCACCGCUUUGGAGAGUGCCUACAGCAUCUUGUAAGCAGUAUCUAAUGCUCAUGAACCUUACCUGCAAGCCUUUUCCCAGAACCCUGCCUCUUGUCUAGGCUUUGUCUGAGCAGAGAGAGCAACAUGGCAGUGAGCUCAAAGCCCUGGCCUCCUCUGCUAUGGCUGUGCAUGGGAUUGAUUCUUUCCUCUUUGUCGCCUAUACUCAGCAAAGAAUGUCCCCAUUUGUGUGUCUGCGAGGUCCGCCCUUGGUUCACACCCCAGUCCACCUACAAGGAGGCAACCACAGUGGAUUGCAAUGACUUGAGGCUAACUCGCAUCCCUACGAAUCUGUCAACUGAUACGCAGGUGUUACUGCUCCAAAGUAAUGCCAUUUCUUACACCAGCGGAGAACUGGAGGCGCUGUUCAACCUGACAGAGCUGGAUGUAUCCCAGAACAACUUCAGCACGGUGGAAGCUGUGGGCCUCACAGGCAUGAAGCACCUGACCACCCUGCAUCUAGAAGAGAACCAUAUCAGCCAGCUGCCAGACCACUGCCUUGGAAACCUCUCCAGUCUCCAGGAACUCUACAUCAACCACAACCAGAUAAGUUCCAUCUCGCCUAGAGCAUUUGCUGGCCUGCACAACCUGCUGCGCCUUCAUCUUAACUCCAACAAGCUCCAUGUCAUAGACAGCCGUUGGUUUGAAGAAACACCCAACCUAGAGAUCCUGAUGAUUGGGGAAAACCCAGUUAUCGGCCUUCUAGACAUGAACUUUAAGCCGCUUGGAAGCCUCAGGAGUCUUGUUCUGGCUGGAAUGGACCUCACUGUUGUUCCAGCAAAUGCAUUUGUUGGUUUGGACCUUGAAAGCAUUUCUUUCUAUGACAACAAACUGGUCAGAAUCCCUCAACUGGCUCUUCAGAAAGUUCCAAAUCUGAAAUUCUUGGAUUUAAACAAAAAUCCAGUCAACAAAAUCCAGGAGGGAGAUUUCAGGAACAUGUUACGUCUCAAGGAGCUGGGUAUCAAUAACAUGAUGGAGUUAGUUUCGAUUGACCGCUAUGCUAUGGACAACCUACCAGAACUGACUAAGCUGGAGGCAACAAACAAUCCUAAGCUGUCAUAUGUGCAUAAAUUGGCCUUCAGGGACAUGCCCUCAUUGGAGAGCCUGAUGCUCAACAAUAAUGCCCUCACUGCCCUUUACCAGCACACAGUGGAAGUGCUACCUAAUUUGCGAGAGAUCAGUCUACAUAGCAAUCCAUUGCGCUGUGACUGUGUAAUUCAGUGGAUGAGUUCCAACAGGACCACAGUACGCUUCAUGGAGCCUCUGGCCAUGUUGUGCAGCUCUCCACCAGAACUCAGAGGCCAGCACGUUCGAGGGCUAAAGCUGCUGGAUUCCCCUGAGCAAUGCCUCCCCCUAAUAUCCCACAAUACCUUCCCAAGCCACUUGAACCUCGAGCUGGGCAUGAGCAUCAGUCUCGACUGCAGGGCCAUGUCUGAGCCCGAGCCGGAGAUCUACUGGGUGACCCCUCUUGGGUCCAAAAUCACAGUCGACACUGUGUCAGAGCGGCAUCACUUGAGCAGUGAGGGAACCCUUUGGCUGUCCCACGUUCAGGUGGAGGAUUCUGGUCGUUACACCUGCGUGGCGCAGAACACGGAAGGAGCGGACACCCGAGUUGUCACUGUCCGCGUAAAUGGAACCCUUCUUGACAGUGCCCAGGUGAUGAAGAUCUAUGUCAAGCAGACUGAGUCGCACUCCAUCCUGGUCUCCUGGAAAGUCAACUCUAAUGUCUUGUCUUCUGACCUGAAAUGGGCUUCAGCCACCAUGAAGAUUGACAACCCACACAUCACCUACACAGCUCGUGUGCCUGUAGACGUUCAUGAGUACAACCUAACACACCUUCAACCUGCUACUGAGUAUGAGGUGUGCCUCACGGUCUCCAACGUACACCUGCAGACACACAAGUCUUGUGUUAACGUCACAACACGUAGCACUACAUUUGCCUUGGACCUCUCUGACCAGCAUCCAAGUGUAGCUGUGCUAGCUGUCAUGGCAACCAUGCUAGCCUUUCUCAGUCUGGGCACUGUGGGUGUCUACAUGGCCCGUAGGUGGAAGAGAAAAAACUACCACCACUCUCUAAAGAAAUACAUGCUGAAGACUUCCUCCAUCCCUCUGAAUGAGCUUUACCCUCCUCUCAUCAACCUGUGGGAGGCUGAAAGUGAGAAGGACAAAGACGCCGGCACAGAGGGAAAACCCUCUCCUGUUGAUACAACACGUAGUUAUUACAUGUGGUGAUGAUUGAAUAAGGAGGCCUUGCUGCCUCUCCAGCAGCACAAAAAGACACACUUUUGCCAUUUUGGUGCAAAAGUCAAGUAAAAUUGCAAAGUUUUUUUGUAUUCUCAGCUUUGCUACAGAGGCAGAGUGAUCAAGGACAUGAUUUUUAUUAGUAUAGCGUAUCGCAUUUAUUUGAUUCUUUCUAUCUCUUUAAUGGUUUUGAACUCUUGAAGAUAGCAGCUGUAUUUAGCCUGCAGGUUGUCUCUUAGUUGCUAACAUUUUGUCCAUGUGGUGCAUUUCUGACUCACUUUUUUUUGAGUUAAUUAUACAGCAGCGGGGACUGAAGGAACUCGUGUAGCACUAGUGGAAUCAGUGUUUCUUUGUAAGACAGGUAAUCUGUUGUGCACUGAUAGGUAAUGAAGUUUGUCUGAACUUCAAUUUAACGCUGACAGCAGGGUUUAGACUUUUUAAACUGUCAACUGAAUGUUAGCAAUUGUGCAGUAAUGUUGUAUCAACUAUACCUUUGAAAUUUGAUUUAAAUUACAAGAAUAGGAUUUUAGUUUGAUUAUAUUGUGAUAUUAAUGCUAGAAAUACAAAUGCUUGUUAAACAUUUUUGAGUUACUUAUUUUUAUGGUGCACUAGUAUCCUUUUUUCCCUUUCCCUGUUUAAUCAUCCAAUUUUGCUAGAAUUAUUUGCUGUCUGCUUAGUUUAUUAUUUUCACAUGCAAUAUGUAUAGCCUACUAAAGAAGUUACAAAUAAAUAACUUUUGGGCCUUUU